AUGUCCUCCUACCAAGGCUCUGGUGCCAAUAGUCCCGCCAUCGGUCACGGCCCCAACAGCCAAUUUUCGCAUCCCAUCGUUGGCACGUCAUUGACCGCUCCCGCUUCGCCUUCAGGUGCCUACACAGCUUCGGCGCUUGCCUACGCCAACGCUCAACUCUCCCAGUAUGCGGCCACUGGGGGUUCAGCUGCUAUACCCGCCCACCUCAACCCACAUGCUCUCAGCUCUGCCCUCUCGGAUUACUCAAUCAGUCUGCCCAACUCGGCGGCUUCGUCUCCUGGCGCUACCCCACGCCGCCUUCCUGGCACCGGCACUUCGACUCCCGGGGGCAACUCGCGUGUGGCCGCAAGCGCCAUCACGGGCAAGCGACUCAACUGGAGCGAGAUGAUCUGCCAGACCAUCGCCGAAAGCGAGAGUGGUCGUCUCGUCAUCCAAGACCUUUUUGAAGGCAUGUGUUCCAAAUUCCCCGAGAUCCGCGAGUGGGCCUUUGGCAAGGAUUGGGAGGCGCGCGUCAAGAACCGCAUCAAGUCGACCCUCUCGAUCAAGGGCAACCUCUUUGUCAAGGUGCCCAGGCCCAGCAGCGCCGCUGGAAAAGGUAGCUGGUGGACGCUCAGCCCCGAAGCGCAGGAAGCCUGGAAGACGGGCCGUGUGGCCAAUGUCGUCAAGAACAAUGCCCACAGUCGCGCAGGCAGUGCAGGCCCAAGCAGCAUCCACGGCUCGCCCGUCCGAACUGUCAGCUCCAAGUUCGGACCCUCUUCCCAUACCACGAACCCACCUUACCUGAUUCAAGGCUCGCACGCGCAUCAAAACCAUAGUCAGCGUACCUCCCCGCUCGGUCUCGGUCUCAACCAGGCCGCCAACAACUAUGGAAGCCCGUUGGCCAACAAUUUCAACUUUGGUGAGUCCCUGCCGCUUGUUGGCGCAGCUUCGCAGGGCAACAGUGCUUUGCCAAGCAAUCUCGGUCUUUCUGGCGACGACUCGAGCUUAGCGUUGAGUGGUGGCCAGCAGCAGCAGCAGCAGCCGUCCUCUCAAUCGAUGCAAGACCAAGCGCAGAACGCGCAAGCGAACAUAGCCACCCAAAACUUUGCCAAUCUCGCCUUCUUGCAGAACAACGCACCUCAGCCUCUGGGCACGGCACAGAGCGUGCCACAUCUCGGCGGUCCGCAGUCGAUGCCGUUCCCGGCUCAGGGGCAAGACCUUUCGGCUGCCAACCUGGCCCAGUUCGCGAAUUUUGGCGACGCGGAUUACGCCGCGCUCUUUGCGGGCAUCCCUGGGUUCGAUGCCAAUGCCUUUGCAUCUCCCAACAAUACCAACAACGGGCAGGGCAACAUGGGCAUGGGCGCCUACCAGAUGGAACAGAACAACCAUCCGUUUGGCGGCAGCAUCCCAGGCGCGUACACUUUGUUGCAGAAUCAACAGCAGCAGCAGCAGCAGCAGCAGCAGCAGCAGCAGCCGGGUCAGGCGAACAACAAUGCGUACGGCAGCUUUGGCAGCAGCAUGUACGCCAACCUACAGCAAGGGUCUCAACAGCAGAUGCCUGGGCAAGCGCAGCGCAACAAUCUCAACCAGAAUCAAGCACAGGGGACACCUUUGCAGCAAGCUCAGUCGUUGCCGCCGCAGCAGCAGUCGCAGUCGCAGUCACAGCCACAGCAAGGUCAACAGCAGCAGCAACCGCAGCCGCAGCAGCCUCAGUCACAGCAGCAGGGCGCGAACAGUAGCAACAACAAUAACAACAAUAAUAACGGCAGCAGUGGCAUGGCUUCUGGCUAUAACGGCAACUUUCCGGCUUCGAGCCCGUUUCCGCCAAGUAACGGGUUGGAGGGUCCUUCGCCGGCCGAUUCGACGUGGUUCUCGUUUACGCCGUUGGUGCAAGCAAACGAUAGUAAUGAGGGUAACAACUCGUCGUCGGCGCUGGGACAGUUGGGUGGAGAAGGGUCGCGAAAGCGCAGAACCUCGGAGGGUUUACGUGAUCUAGCCGACUUCCAGCUGCCGCCACCUCAGUCGGGAUAG